AUGCAUUCGACGACCUUGCCGCGCCUGCCCAUAUUUGAGGCCAUUGCUAAGCAUGACCCCCAGUCCACCGCCGUCAUUCACUCGGCCUCGGGGAGAACUUUCACAUACGGCGAAUUGCUAGGGGAUAUAUGGAGGGCGAGGGAGCGGUUCUACGAAAUUUGUGGCAAGAGGGACUUGAAUGGGGAGAGAAUAGCCUUCCUCGUCGAGAAUAGCUACGAUUAUGUUGUCACCUUGCUCGCUGUGCUUGCGGCGCGGUCCAUCGCAGUCCCCAUGUCUCCUGCGUUCCCGGCGCCAGAGUUGCAAUACAUCCUCGACCACAGUGAAACGGCGCUCCUCGUCUCCUCACCCAAGUUUGCUUCCAAAGCAGCAGAACUCUUGGCCACAGACCUAGCCGCCAAGCCGGCCCAUCUUGAACUAGAGAAGCUUAAAGGUGGCACCAAGGGUGAAGUCGUUCCCCUGGAUGGCUCAGACCCGGCCGGUGCCGCGCUGAUGCUAUACACUUCGGGAACUACCAACAGACCUGUAAGCCAGAACGCUCAACGCAGUGUACAGGAAGCACGCAGAAAAAAAGUCUCUAACAAGUCCCAGAAAGGCGUCCUCUUGCCGCAAUCGGCCCUGACCGCCCAGUCACGGUCCCUGAUGGAAGCAUGGAAAUACACCCCAGCCGACCACCUCCUCCACGUCCUCCCUCUCCACCACAUCCACGGCACCGUCAACGCCGUCAUCACGCCCUUGUUUGCCGGCUCAUCCAUUGAAUUCAUGUUCCCCUUCAACGCUGACGCAGUAUGGAAACGUCUCGCGGCACCGUUCCUCCCCACCAACAGCACCAAUGGCGCGACAAGGUCUCCCAAGCCAAAGGUCACCUUCUUCACCGUCGUUCCCACAGUCUACAGCCGUCUCCUCGCCAGUCACAAGCUUCUGCCUGCCGCCCUCCAAGGCGCCGCUAGAGAAGCCAUCUCCCCCGCAAACAUGCGCGUCAACAUCUCCGGCUCCGCCGCCCUCCCGACACCCGUCAAGACCGCUUGGUCAGACCUCAGCCACGGCAACGUCCUCCUCGAACGCUACGGCAUGACGGAAGUCGGCAUGGCACUCAGCUGCGGCCUCUCCUUCACCGACCGCAUCGACGCCUCCGUCGGCUGGCCCCUGCCCUCGGUCCAAGCACGUCUCAUGGACGUGGACACGGGUGAAAUCAUCCCCCCGAGCGCCCAAGUCGACUCCCAGGGCCGCGAACGCUCCGGCGAGAUCCAGCUCCGCGGGCCAACCGUGUUCCGAGAAUACUGGCGCAACGCCUCGGCCACUGCGAAGGAGUUUAUCCCCGACCCCGACGGCCGCGGUCCCUGGUUCAAAACAGGCGACGUCGCUGUCCGCCGCCAUGUCCUCUCCGCCUCCCACAGCCAGCCGUGGACCAGAGGGCCGCUGUACUUCAUCCAGGGCCGCCUCACAGCAGACAUCAUCAAGACCGGUGGCGAAAAGGUCUCGGCGCUGGAGGUGGAGCGCGAACUCCUCAGUCUGCCAGAGGUGUCAGAAGCUGCCGUCGUCGCAGUCCCCAGCGGAAACUGGGGCCAGAAGGUUGGCGCCGUGCUCAUUCUCAACAAGGACGUGGCUCAGAAGUGGUCGGCGUUGGACAUGAGGCGCGCGCUCAAGAGCAGGUUGGCCAACUACAAGAUUCCGCAGGUCAUGAAGAUUGUGGAGCAUAUUCCGAGGAACGCCAUGGGCAAGAUUAACAAGAAGCAGCUCGUGAAGGCCGUCUUUGCGGAUGAACUUAGUGGUGACGAAAUGUAG